CCGCGAGCGCGUGUGUAGAUCUUAAAUUUGACGGUCAACGCUUCUGCACAGCCAUCAAGGAGAAGACACUGGACCCAGUUUGGAAUGAGCGCUUUUGCUUUGACGUGUCUUAUCCAUCACGUCUUCCCGAGCUAGCUCUUGAUGCAUACGUUUACAAUGUCGGAAAAUCUAACGACGGCUCUAGGUCCUUCGACCUCGGGAAGGUCAGAAUCAAUGGGACCUCAUUUGUGCCCGCCCAUUAUGCCGUUUUCAUGCAUCAUGUGCUCAAGAAGCGCCGGAUGCGGUCGCAUGCGAAAGGGACAUUGGUUCUCAGAGUAUACAUCAUCACUUCACACCCUUUUGGACCGAUAGGUAGUAGUUUGAAUAGCCAAGAAAGCAUAUUACAAGAUCAGAGUUCAAAACCGUGCAGUAUGCCACUACAAUAUUUGAAAGAGAUCACAAAUAACUUCUCUCGUGAGCGAAUACUUGGCCAAGGUGGUGCUGGCGUAGUAUACAAGGGAGUGCAGCAAAAUGGGGACAUGAUUGCUGUGAAGAAGAUUGUAUCAACAUUGAUGCCAGGCCUGCAGGAGCAGUUUGAGAAUGAAGUUUAUCAUCUUAUGACGCUUAAACACCCCAAUAUAGUGCGAUGUGUAGGCUACUGCUAUGAAAUACAGAAUGUAUGUUUAGAGUACAAUGGGAAAUAUGUUUUUGCAGAGCAGGCGGAAAGGUUGAUUUGCUUGGAAUAUUUGCCAAAAGGAAGCCUUAAUAGCCAUUUAUCAGAUGAAUCUUCUGGGCUUGAUUGGAGCACACGCUACAAAAUAAUCAAGGGGGUUUGCAAUGGUUUACGUCACCUUCAUGAGCAAAUUGAUAAGCCUAUGUUACACCUGGAUCUAAAACCUGACAACAUAUUGCUAGAUAAUAGUAUGGAGCCAAAAAUUACAGACUUCGGUCUGUCAAGAGUGCUUGAUCAACCACAAACUAUCCGCACUACAUCUCGCGAUGGAACAUUUGGUUACAUGGCACCAGAAUUUCUACAUGGAGGUACAAUUACACUAAAGUCGGACAUAUUUAGUUUGGGUGUGAUAAUCUUGGAGAUAAUAACAGGACGCAGGGAGUACCCGGACAUUGGAACAUCCUCAAAUGACUUUAUCGAGCUUGGACUUAAAAAAUGGAGAAAUGCCUUACCUAGAGCACUUGGAUAUAGAUCCCUCGAAAUAAAGUGCCAACAAAUAAAAACAUGCAUUCAGGUAGGUCUAAUAUGUGUGAAUCCUGAGCGCACAAAAAGGCCUUCGAUAACGGAAAUUAUAAAUAUGCUUCAAAGACCAAAAGACAUUAAUUGCAACAUUGGCUAUGAGGCGACAAUACCAGGAUAUUCUGGAAGUACUGAUACAGCAUUAUUGAUUGGUUCUGAUAUGUUGAAAAAUUUGCCAAAUAUAAGUCAUUGGGAGGUUGAAUCAGCAUGCGAAGAUUUUACUCACAUUGUUAGCUCAACUACACUCACGGAAAGGCUGCCAAUAUCCGACAUGGCAGUAUUGAUUGAUUCUGGUAUGCCGAAAAGCCUUCCAAAGCUAAGUCACCAGGAGGUCCAAGUAGCCUCUGAAGAAUUUACCAACAUUAUUGGCUCAACUCCAGGGACUUGUCUAGCACAACCAAAUGCAGAACAAGGUUCAGCAUCAUAUCAGAAGGGCGGCAUUGCAUUUCCAGGGCCCCACACUCAAACUAUAAGUAACCAACACAAAACUACACGUCGGUCGAAAUGGGCAAACUUCAUACGAGAAUCUGAGCUAAACCCAGCCCGCCCGCUUGCCCAAUUUAGCAACCAAUGUAUAAGUGGAGCCAAGAAUGUGGAGAAGAUGGCACGCAAGAGAUCAGUUUUAGCGCUGACGAAAAUCAACAGCAGGAUGAGGUAAGAGGCGUGCUGCUACAAUGACAGGCUGAGCUCUGGCGAUGCCAAGGACUCCAUGGAUGCUUGUAGCGGUGAAAUGAUAGAUUUUUUCCACAUUUCAUUUAACAUUUAUGUAAUUUUGAGUAAGACAUUUAUUGUUAUUAGAACGGAUGGUUUUUCUACACCGAGGGUCAUUGCACCCUCGCUACACCCAUGAUCGAAAAUAUAGCAAAACAAGUCGAAAAUU